AUGAUGCUAUCACGAAGUUAUAACUAUAUACAAAGAUGUGCAUCAUCAACUAUAUCUAGAUCAUCUAUCUCAACUACAGCGUCAUCAUCAACAUCAACAACAUCAUUAUCACUACUCCUCAGACAUCAUUAUAAUACACGACCGAGUAUAUCACCAUCAUUAUCAAUAACCAAUGGUGUUCCUCUUCUUUCAUUCUCAACAUCAACAUCAAUCACUCAAACAUCAUCACAUAGAUCAUUCAUUGGACAACAACAAAGACGUAGUUAUGGAUCAUCACCAUUGGACAACAUCAAAGAUGAAGGAAUCAAUAUUAAUGUUAUAAAGCCAACGGAUACAAAGCCUUAUGCACCAAGACUACCACCUUAUGAGACGUCAGCAACGUUGGACUUCCUCAUCACACCCAAUCAGAAGGAGUUCUCAUCACAAGAGUUGGACAAGUUCUCCAAUCUGGCACGCGCAAUGACAUCCAUUGGCUACGAGCAUCAGUCGUCCGAGCAUUGGAAAGAGUCGCUCGAAUCCUACAACAAGGCAUUGUUGUACAUUAGAAACAUCUUUGGAUCGCGUGCACAAUACACUGGCUACUCACUGCGCGAGUACGCUGCGCUGAUGAUCAACCUGGCCGAGUCACACUCGCGUCUCGACCAGAUGGACGACGCACUCAAUCGCUCGCGCCAGGCGGUCGAUCUGCUCGAGGUGGACUGGCGCGACACUGUGAUGGCUGCACCAAACGUCGAGCGCGACGCACUGCGCAGACAAUGGGUCAAGGAUGAGAUGCUGGGCAUUGCGUACAGCAAUCACGCCGAGUACUUGGCCUUCCAUGGCAAGUAUCAUGAGGCUGAGCCAUUCGCCCGAUCGGCACACAAGAUACUCGGCCUGCUCUUCCCGCUCGACCAUCCCGUCAACGUGGACCUGGGUAUUCUGUUGGUGCAGGUGUUGAACGAGACUGGUCGUUCGCAGGAGCUGGACAGAGUGUCUGAUCUCUACGGCGACAUCCUUACAAACGCAAUUGGUACCACUGAGAACAUGCAGGCUACGUAUGAUAAGCUGGACGAGCAACUGGUGGACAAGGUGCUGGAAAGUGUCAAGCAACGUUAUCCAGGCUUCCUCGAGGCUGAAGAGGCCAAGUUCUUGGAGGAGGAGAAGAACAAUCCGGAUGCUGAUGAGGAUGAGGACGAGGACGAGGACGACGAAGCAGCUCACGAGCAGGAGCUAAUUAAUCAAAAGAUAUAUGGCGAGCCAGACUUUGGCGUGCACGACCUACUCUAUGCAUCCAACGUGGACACUAGGAGUGCCCUUACCAGAAAGGGCGCGUCACUAGACGAUGGCGAAGACACUGGCACUGAGCCGGCGACCCAGGACCAACCAGACCUGGAAGAGGAGAGCAUCGAUCAACUGCUAAUGGAGCAUGAGGACAUUGAGGACCAUGAGCUGGAAAAGUAUGGUGACGAGGACCAAGCCGAAGAGAGGGAGCUCGAUCAACAGCUUGGAUUCAAGGUGCGCUUGGAUCCCGAGGAGAGCCAACUCAACAAGAUAUACGAGAUGAAGUUGGGAGGAUUCCUUAACCUGCCCGAGGAGGGCACUGGCGCGGAGCCCCUGAACCGAUUGGUUAACAACAUGGACCGCAUCCUGACCGAGGGUGAGGAGGUAUCCUCGCGCCUAGAGUUUGAACGCAUGGUGGACCGUGACAGACGCAUCAAGAACAGGCCGUCGCAGGUGGUGGACGAGGUGCGAUGGGAUGAAGGCGAGAUCACCACUCCAACCGAGGAGGAUGGCGAGCCAAUCAGUCAGGCGGCCAUGGACAAGAUGGGCCGUUACCUGAGCGAGGAGUUCUCUCAGCACGACAUGGAGGAGGAGAAUGAGGCAAUGGACCAGCAGAUGGAGAAGAUGAUGAGGAUGAUCGAAAAUAUGACGCCAGAGGAGGAGAGACAGCUGGACGAGGAGUUCAAGGCCAUUGGUCCCGUGAUGCACGGUCUGUUUGGCAGCGACAGUGGUGAUGUUGAUCCUUCAAAGUUCUUCAACACAUCAUUGAAGGAGUUGGAGAGAGAGGAGCGACAGAGGUUGGAGAAAGAGGAGAACAAGGAGAAUGAUGACGACGACGAUGACGAUUAUAGCUACCUCAACAACAACAACAACAACAAGUCACUUGAUUUCAAUCCAGAGAUGGUCAGACAGAUGAUGAAACAGGCAGAGAAAUUCAACUUCAAUCCAGAUGAGAUGGCCAAACAUAUCAAAUUGGAUCAAUUUGGUUUGGGUAAGAUGGACGGUGGACCUCAAGAUGGCAAGGCUGAGGCUGAGAACGAAGAUGACUUGUGGGAUGGAAUGAACUUUGGCAAUGAACAGGAUGGUGGCAAUGAAGAUAUCGACCUGGAUGCAUAUAUUAAGCAAGCUACACAGUCUCAAGAUUUCAAACAAUUCUUUGAGAAAGAAGAGUCCAAGACAUCUGGCUCGUCAACCACAGCAAAGCCAGCUGUUCCCACGAAUACCAAGUCCACAAGCAAGUCCAAGUCAACGACGAACCUGUCCAGGAAAUAA